AUGUACGCCAUGUUCAGACUUCAUGAUAUCAUCCAUUUAUUAAUACAAUUUCAAAUAUUAAGUAGAAAAAAAGAGGAAGAUAAGUUAGAAGUAGAUGAGAGUGAGAAAUCCGCGGAAGUUGAUGAAGAGCCCAAACUACGAAUGGAAGCGGUAAAUAAAUUGGGCCAACAAUCAAUAAACGAAGUUCCACCGAUACAACCAAAAGGUCAAGUAGAAGAAGUAGCAAAUAUUAGUGGAACAGAUAAUUCAGAAAAAUCAUCACAACGAAAAUCAUCUAAAGGUGAACCGGAUAAGUUGAUGCCCCUGCAAAUAAUGAAUCAAAGCACUGGACAAAAAUCAAAAAGUAGCACUGAUAAAUCGACAUCACAAAAAUCAAAUAAAACUUCAACAAAAGAACAAUCUGAAAAAAGUUUAUCGAAGGAAAAAUCUGAUAAAUGUCCAUCACCAAAGGCAACAAAAACCAAAGUACAAGAAUCUUCACGUACUGGUCAUUCACGUCAACCAACACCAAAAUUGGAAUCAUCGAAAUCGGUGCCUUCAUCUCCGGUACCAACAGCUGCACUUCCUGCAUCAAAAGUAACAGAAACCAAAAAAGUUUCACUUUCAUCGAGUUCUGCUAAACCUACCGCACCUUCAAACGCUCUUUCUUCCUCGUUUACUGGCGAUGAAGAAGAUGACUACUUUCACGGAUUUCUACCUCGGGAGGAUGCUAAUAUGCUUUGUGUUUUGGAUGGCGAUUUCCUUCUGCGAACUACAGAAAUUACAUCUGGUCAAGACCGCAAGUUAUGCCUAACAGUGGCAUGGCGCGGCAAGCAUCACAUAAUAUUAUUUUACGACAAAACAAAAAAUAGGUAUGGGAUUAAUCCGAAUCGAACAUUUGCCUCCAUUACGGAAUUAGUCAAUUUUUAUGCACAAAAUACGUUCAAAGUUCAAGGGGAACACGUUUUACUCAAGAAUCCAGUAGUUUCACAACCAUGGGAAGUGAAGCACAACCAGUUACAACUUCUUCAGAAGCUCGGAGAAGGAGCAUUUGGUGAAGUGAUUUGUGCCAAACUUGCGCUUACUCCGCGAUUCUGCGUUUAUGCCGCUGUUAAAGUAUUAAAAUGCGAUUCAAUGACUAAAGAAAAAGUAUCAGAAGCAAUGAGUGAAGUUCGGAUGCUGCGAAAUUUAAGACAUGAAAAUAUUGUGCGAUUUUAUGGGGUCGCAAAUAAGCAAGAACCUUUGAUGAUUGUUAUGGAAUUCGUCAAGGAAGGUUCAUUAGAUUCAUAUUUACAAAAAAAAGGUAGUACACUACAAAUGCCAACAAAAAUGUUAAUGAUUAGCGAUGGAGCAGAAGGCCUAACUUAUUUGCAUAGUCUCAAUAUCAUGCAUAGAGAUUUGGCAGCACGUAACUGCCUUUACAACGGAGAGGUAGUGAAGUUGAGCGAUUUUGGCAUGUCUGUUAAUGGACCUCAAUACAAGAUGCAGCCUACAGAUAAAGCACCAGUUCGCUGGCUUGCUCCUGAGGUAUUUCGUACCUUAACAUAUAUGUUCUGCUCCGAUGUCUGGGCCUUUUUCAUCAUGGUAUGGGAGAUUGUAUACAAUGGUGCUAAGCCCUACACCGGAUGGGAUCAAGCACGGGUCAAGACAGAGGUUCUUAGGGGCAGUAGGAUGCAAGUACCUCCUUUACUACCUCCCAAACUUCAAGAACUAUGCAGACAAGCCUGGAAUGCAGAUUGCGCUAGACGACCAACCAUGCACGCAGUUACAACCGAAAUCAGAAAAAUAGUCGGAGAGUAUGUUAAACUUCAAAUUUAUAAUCUCAAAGAAUAA